AUGAAACGGCUAUUUCGUCGAGCAGUCACCUCCCCUCGUCGCCCGUUUCGAGCUCCCUCUCGCAUCCCCGUCCCUUUCAACUCCCACUUCUUGCUCCUCCUCCUCCUACUCUCUCUCAACCUCACACCAUCAUGGUCAUUAGCUUCGCGGUCCUCCUCGGCAGAAUCUGGGGAUGGGCUCGGCGCGCCCCGACUUGACGCGGCUCGGAGAAAGAUUUCCUUCUCGGCGAAAUCUGGGAUUGCGUUAGGCGCGGCCCGACUUGACGCGACUCGGAUAAAAAUUCCGUCGGCAGAAUCUAGGGAAGAGGUCAGCGCGGAUCUUCCGGCGGAGGGCGGCGCGUCGGGGGAGGAUGCUUUUGAGUCAACUCAAAAGGAAAGAAUCGUUUUCGUUGACCGUCAACGUACUUCCCGUGAUUUGCCGAGCCUGCAGCUGUCGAGAAACGAGAAUGAUAGCGGGAAUAGAGGGAAGGAAGGCGGGAGUAUUACUACCAAUGAUGACCCAUGGGUGCAGCAAGAACCGGCAUUCCUGCCGAAUCAGGAGCAGCAGAAAUUCCAACAACUGACACGUCAGGAAGAAACCGAACGGAUGCAACUACAGAUGCCAAGUCAGCAGCAUCGGAAGGGACUUGCGCACGUGCCACGUCAGCAGCAUCGGAGGCGUCUUUCGUCAUAUGAUAUGAUGCACGAGAGGCAUAUGUAUAAGCGGAGACGGUUGAUUCGGGGCAAGAAGGAGUGCUGGAGCAAGCACGAGCGACACCAGUACUGGCAGGCAGGAGCGCACGUGGAGCCAUCAGCCGCAUUCACGAGGCAGAAGACGGAGUAUGAGCGCAUGCACCAGCGGUGUACCGAGGGGAUCACCGACUGGAAGGCCUUCUAUUUUAACCAGUCCGAGGGGCUGUCACCAGCAGCGGACGUGGAAGGGUGCAAGUAUGCGUUUCUGAUUCCCGGCCAGUGGCACGGCCUGGGCAACCGAAUCAUGUCGUUAAUCUCCACCUUCACAUACGCCUUCAUCACGCAUCGAGCCAUCCUCAUGCCAGACGAUGGCCUCAUGCCGUCCCUCCUCUGCAACCCCUUCGAACAUUCCUCCUGGCUCAUCCCGGCCUCCCACUUCUGGAGCAUCAAGGCGGACUUGGAGCAGGGCCCUCGCAAUGUGGCGGAGCAGGCGGACAGGCACUCUCGAGGGGUGUUCUGCCACCUGGACUGGAUAACUCCCGAGGAGGAGUGGACGUUCUUCUGCCGGCGCACGCAGGAGGAGAUGGCUGAGAAGCCCUUCAUGAUGUUCUGGAGCGACAUGUACUUCGUCCCUCCGCUCUACUUUGUGCCCUCCCUCGCGGCCCGCCUGGAGGUGUUGUUUCCGGAUCGCCGGGUUUUCACACACGUUGCACGCUACAUCCUCCUGCCGGCCAAUUAUCUCUGGGAUCGCAUUGUGAGGGCCUUCCACGGUCACAUGGAGCACCAGGACGUGCUGGUGGGCUUGCAGGUGCGCCCCGUGGAAGAGACCCCAGAGGACGUCUUUGACCGCGUGCUGACGUGUCUCAUCAGCACGCAGUACCUGCCAGCUGUAAUCCCGCCCGACCAAUGGCAGGCCAUGGCUGACGAUGUGGACGACGAGGGGUUGAGGGAAGCGCGAGGGCAGUCAAUUGGUGUGUUUGUGGCGUCCCUCAACGGCACCUAUGGCUCUCGCCUCGCCGCCCUUUACUCCCAAGGCAAACCGCAGUCAGCGCAGACUGUCACCUUCCACAGCGAGUCACACGAUGCAGCCGAGAGGCAGGACGACAGGCAGCAGUACGCAUCAGCGCUCAUCGAGAUGUUCCUCCUCUCCUUUUCUCACCGCCUUGUCGUCUCCGACUACUCCACCUUCGGGUACACGGCAGCAGCGCUGGGAUCCCUAGACCCAUGGUCGCUCAACAUCGUGAAGCGUGGGCAGGCGGACUGGCGUACCAACAACCGGCCUGUGUGCCAGCGCACCGAGUCGCAGCCCUGCUCCCUCUCCAUCCGCCCAAAAUUCACGUGCCCUGACGGUGACUUGCACACGACGGAGAGCGAAGUGUCGUUUGUGCGGCCGUGCCCUGUGAUCGGUACUGGGCUGCACUUGGAGCUGCCUCCUCUCCCCGAGACUGCAUGA